GUCUUUUUAACCGAUGACACAUGAAAAUUCAAAUUUGUUAUGAUUUUUAUUUGAAAUAAAUUUUACUUUUUUAUUUGUUGUGAUAUAUCCAUCUAAUAGAAAAAACCAAAUACAAUGGUUAGGAGGUGAUGACCAUGAGAAGAUGACAUAUAAUUAAAAGUAUUUUCAUUUAAAAAUAUCAAAUUAGUAUAAAAUGGUGGGAGGAAGGAGAUUACAGUAUUUCGUGGCUAGUGCCGUGUCACUGGCCACCGCCACCUUGGGCAUGACUUCAGUAUGGUCUACACCCGUGAUACAUAAACUACAAAAUAAUGGAACAAAUAUAGAAAUGAGUGACAAUCAAGUAUCGUGGAUGCUGAGCUUGUCUCCAGUGGGUUUUAUGUUUGGCAGUCUUGUUACCAGAUUCCUUUGCGAUCGAUUCGGCAGGCGCAGUACUGUACUCUUAAGUGCCUUACCGAUAGCCACUGGAACUAUUAUCGCAGCCACGGUGAACCAAGCUUGGAUGUUGCUAGUCACGAAAUUAAUGUGGGGGUUUGGAACUGGAAUGAUAUCGAUGAGACCUAUUGAAAUUUCUGAAUUCAUUUGA